AUGCAUGCAGUCUCGCAAAACUUCAAAGUGGCCGAAAUAAAAAACACCGGCUUUGAGAAGGUCCCCAGAGCCUCUCUCACCUCUGAAAACACAAGGAUGGCACUAGACUACCACUCUGAUCUCUGCCAUCUCAGACCAAACGAUAUAGUCAAAAUAGACAUCUACACCUCUGAGAAGCCAGCCAUAAACAAGAACACAUAUCUAACAAGAGGAAUAGUAUAUAAAAUACAGAACAAUAGAUUUGAGGCGUCUUUUGGUGGGCUACUAAUGUUCUAUGAAGGACCGUUAAUGGAUCAGAUUGCAUUGGAGUCGGAAAUUUAUGUUUCAGUAACCAGAAUAUGA